AUGGAUCGUGGCAAGGCUGGAAUUGGUAGGGGUGCAAAAAAUAAAAUUGCCCAGCAUCCUUCUGAUUUAUUUGCACUUGGUUCCAAAGGUUCACGUAAUGAAAAUUCUGAUGCUAAGAGGCCAGGUGUUAUUCAUUCUAAACCAAGUAGUAGUUCUUCAACUUCUGGAAAUGAUCGGAAAAAGGAAGCACCAUCAGGAUCUGUACAAUCUUUUCAAUAUAUUCCACAAAAAAAACCUAAACUUGCAACACAUGUUUCUCAUCAGAGACCACCAUUCUCAAGUGCUGAAGCUUGGGAAUUGGUAGCCAUAGACAGUGAUCCAGCAGAUUUUGUUCCAAUGGUUUUGGAAGCUAAUGAUAAUGAUGAGGGUGACAAAGUUAUAGGCAUCAUUUGUGGUGCCAUUAAAACUCUUAAAAAUCAAAAAUGGAAGCCUGAUACAUUGGUUUACAUGGGAUUAUUGUACUUAGCAAAAAUUCGUCCUUCUAUUUUUUCAAAUGAUUGCAUAUUACAUGCACUAUCAUCUUUGUUGAAACGGGAUCAAGCACAUAAUUACAAAGCUAAAGGAAAUCCAUUGGUUCCUGUGCUUGCAGCUAAUUUGUUGAUGAAGGGGUUUCAUGAAAAAAGAAACUGGCCAGAAAUUUUUGUAAAGCUGUACAUUGAGGAUGCUUUGGGUGAAAGGGUAUGGGUUGAUCACGAAGAAUGCAAAGGUUUUGUAGAUAAUAUUUUAACGGGAUUUAACACACGACAUCCACCGAAAAGCGUUUUACAACCAGAACUAUCAGUCUUAACACCGCGCGAUUGUCAUAGUCCAUCUACGGUUGACGACGAAGAUCCGGGGUCUUCGUCUGUACAAUUUUCUGGAGACAAAGAAAAGAUAGAAUUUCCUGUGACUCCCAGAUAUGCUCAUUGUAUAGAGAAUAUAGAAUUCAUUGUUCUUGAAGCUGUAAAAGAACAAUUGAACAGGCGACAACCGGAGUCAAUUACCAAGAACUUUCUCAAAUUACUUUCUUCAGCCUGUGGUUUUGUAGAAAUCAGAAAUAUCGCUGUUCCGAGAUUAGAAAUGUGGCUACAUAACCCGAAAUUAAUGAGACCUGCUCAGGAACUACUGAGUUAUAUUUGUUACAAUUGUACUUCUCAUACACAAAGAGAUGUUGAAGUUAUAAGUCAAUUAGUAAAAAUGAGAUUGAAGACCAAAGCCGUAAUUAAUCUAUAUCUAAAUGGUGUAAAGGAAUUAAUCGGUUUACACCCUGAAAACUUAUCUACUAUCUUGAAGCAUACAAUUUACAAUGAAUUAUCUACUGCAAGAAAUCCGUAUAACAUGCCAAUGCUGGGUGUAAUGUUUCAAACUUUACCCGAACAAGCGGCUAAGCUACUCGCUGAAAUAUUUCAAGAUUUACUAAUGAAUCGGGAAGAUUAUCUUAGACCUUUACGUGCUUUGCUCAGAGAAAUCGUACGUGUCUGUCGACACGAUAUUAAUUUACUUACUUUUGCGCGCACAUUAAUGUCCGAAAGACAGGAUAUAGCGCAACAGUUACUUAAUUUUGAAUUCAAAGAACGAGUCUUCAUUUCAAUUGCAGAUUUAUUGUGCCUAUGUAUGUUAUUAGCUAUCAGUCCACAAGUUAAAGAAGCUGCGGCAUUGGCACAAAGAGGCGACAAAAAAGAUAUAGCUUUAUUACAUCAAUUUCAAAAUAUGGUAGCGACAAUACAAUUUGAAGCCGUAUUGUGGUUACAAAAUUCGGCACCACAAAUGUACGCCAUUGGAAAAAAUGAGCUCCUUCAUGCUUUGCAUAAAAUUUUACUCCUUGAAUCUCCAGAGCAAUAUUAUAAAUUAGAUAACUGGCCUCCUGAAUCUGAUAGAGUAUUUUAUUUACGUCUUAUUUCUGAUGUUCCACUAUUACAGAGUACAUUGUUAAGACUGCUAUUAAUUGGUUUCUCAAAAGAAAAUGGCAUUACUCAUUCAGAAACGUUAGACUUAGUGGAUCAAUUAAUACGACGAAACUAUAAAUAUACCAUCAAAGUAUUUAUAAAUAUUAAUGGUAUUAUAAAUUUAAUUAAUUUAGCAGGAAUUUAUUUUAAUUAUUAUUUAUUUCUUUUUUUUUUUAGCUAUGUACCACCUACUUUGGCAAUAUCGAAUCUAUAUUGGAAAGGAUGGAUAAUGUUAUUAAUAUUGGCAGCCCAUAAUCCUUCAGCUAUUGGUGCUGUUGCGUGGAAACGAUAUCCUAUUUUACGAACCCUCAUGGAAAUGUGUAUUACAAAUCAUUUCUCGUAUCCUCCGCCGACGAUGGCGUUACCAGAAAUUAUAGAGCAAGAACGUUCGAAAGAAUUGCAAGUUGAAGCUAUUGAGAAACAAGAAAUACUCGAAUAUGAAUCGCACUUAGCUGCUGCAUCAACGAGAAUACAAAUAUCAGAACAAAAUAGCUUGCUGUUAUCACAAUUGAUGACUAUGGAACCAACUGGUAUUGCUAGGAGACCGCCUCCGGCAGUGUUAGAACAAAUACAAUCGUUAAAUGUGUCCCAUAGAUUGGGACAUUUACUUUGUCGGUCUCGUAAACCAGAUUUCUUAUUAGAUAUAAUACAAAGACAACAGCAAAGUUCGUCUCAGAGUAUGCCUUGGCUAGCAGAUCUUGUACAAAAUAGCGAAGGGUCCCUUAGUCAAUUACCGGUACAAUGUCUUUGCGAAUUUUUAUUAUCUACUAGUGCUCAAGCUGUGGAGAAGCAACCAAGACAACAGCAGUUACUAGCCCAUCUUCAGAUGUUAUUAACCGAUCCCGAACAAGAUCGACAGCAUGCUUACGAGGUCUUAGAAUAUUUCUUAAGAAGACUGAGUAGUCAACAAACUGGCAGUCGUCUUCAAGCAAUUACAGGUUUAAAGAUGGUCCUUGGAUCAAUACCUACCGAAGAAGAGCCUAUGGACAUAGACGGAGAGAAUGAAAAGGAGGUCUGGCUUAUUCGGAAAUUACCGUCCAUACCUCACUUCUUAUCGGUACGGUCUUUGGUUUCCACUGCUCUUCGAGGUGCUUGUCAGGUCGAGAACAAUCCAGACCUUGUACACGCCUACAUAUCUUAUCUUGCUGCGCACACUACUGACGAUGAUCUACCCGAUUUAACCGAUUUGGCUAACGAAAUAUCGCAGCUAGUGGUCGAACGGAGUACAAUUAUAGCAGCUAUUUUACCGCAAUCAGAAAUUGACAAUUCACAAGCUAAACAAACUUUACACGCAUUCAUGGUGAUCUUUUGCAAUUAUUUAGAGAAAGCUCGGUCUCCAAGAGCAGAAGAGUAUACGUGGUCUGAGAGCCAAGAUCAAAUAUUAGUACAAUGGAGUACAGGAGAAGAAUGUACCAUGCAUAUUCUGGUUGUUCACGCUAUGAUAAUCCUCUUAACUUAUGAUUGUGAGGAUGAUGUAUUGUUCGAUGUUUUGCUUGAAACGUGGUUUCCACUGAAUACCGAGCCACCAAAAGCUUUCCUUGUUGACACGAGCGAAGAAGCUUUACUCAUACCAGAUUGGUUAAAAUUAAGAAUGAUUAGGAGUAGUGUGCCACGUUUGAUAGAUGCAGCUCUCAAAGACCUCGAACCACAACAGUUGGUUCUUUUUAUUCAAAGCUUCGGAAUUCCCGUGCCUUCAAUGACUAAAUUACUCCAUACUCUGGAUGCUGGUGUGCAAAUCGAUCCAAGCUCAGUUGGUGAAGCAGUUCUCGAUAAGACAUAUAUGGCGCAAUUAGUUGAAGUUCAACACAGGAGAGGAGCAACAGGUGGACUAGUUUUUGUACAAGUUUUACAAUUGAUGGAGCCUCAAUUACCUGAUGAAAAUGCGGUGACUGUUGGACAGUUGCAAGAACCAUUACCCCUCAGUGCUAUGGUCCAGAAACAAUCUGUUAUACAAUGUUCUGUUAAAACGGACGUCCCCCAUUUGAUCAAUAGAUUGUUCAUUGAAAAUAUACCAAUGAAUCAAAAGGUAGAUGCAUAUCGUCGAUUGCACAAAACUUUGGCGAAAGAUUUGCAGAAAUCAGCCAAAGAAAGUGGGGCUGUUGUGUUAGCAAUACAACACAUAUGCAGCGUAUUGAGCUCGAUGCAAGUCAAGCAAUUCUUAGCUUCCCUUGUUCAUAUGCCACAAUAUUCUUGCACUUUAAUGCGGGUAAUAUUAUUACCUUUAAAGAAAUCAUCUACCUCGCAACAAGUGGUCGAAUUGGCACGUAAUAUGUGUUUGAAUUUAAUACAAUUGAUAGGCGAUGUAAAGGCACCAGUUCUAUCCAUUUUACGAGACUUUGCAAAUGUGCAGUUAACUAAAACGCCAAAAAGUAUGGAACUGACGAUGUUGAUGCAAAAUCGAGAUCCUGGAUCUAUCUUAGAAAGCACAGACCCGGUAAAUUUAGAAGCAGUGGGUUGUAAAUUAUUAGAUAUUUGUCUUAAACAACAAAAGAACGAUGUUCUUGUAGAAGCAGUGGCAAGGUUGUUAGUAAGUGAUAGUAAUGAAGGUAUUUUGAAACCAAGAACUGGUUUAUUAAUUGACUGGUUAGCAUCUGUAGAACCAGAAUUAAUUGGCACAUGUCCUAUUCUUCAAAUGAAACUUCUAUUUGGGAAAACGAAGAUACAAAUGAAAAUUGAUAACAACGUUGUAAGCUCACAUUCGUUUAGGCCUUAUUUGUUAACUUUAUUAACGCAUAGAGCAAGUUGGGCAACUUUGUACAAAUGUGUUGGACACUUGUUAGAUAAAUGUGAUGACGGGUACGAUCCGACGGCUGUUUUAGAUUUUUUGUGGGCGUUAACCUGUAAUCCAAAACUUUGGCAAGGCAGAGACAAGUUCACACCAAAGCACUAUGUUCCAGAAAAUAUUUUACUUCUGCAUGAGAAACAAUUAUUAACACUUGUAGCAUAUAUAGUUGCAGAGGCUGUUAUUAUAUGUAAUUGUCAAAAUAGAAACACCGCACUUGCUAGGAUAGAGUCUCGUCUUGAUUUGUUGUUACACUGUGUUUCUACGGACGAUCAUUUGAUAGCUAGUGUUGUAAAAUAUUUGGCUGGGCGUAUGAUGAAUGACUCAAACAUUGACUCUGACAUGGCCCAUCAAUUUUUAUUACAUAUGUACAUGAAGAUACCUAAAGUAAUAUGCUAUUUAGACACUUUUCAAACUAAAAUGUUUGUUGGAGGAGCACAAAUUACAGAAUGGACUGGUUCUGUGUUGGAUUGUAUGAGCCACUCUUUGUUAACUGCUUUAGCAGCAACACCAAGGCAAAAAUCAUGGAAUUCCAGGUCUCAGGAUUUCGAAUUAUGUGCUCGAAAAAUGGCUGCUGUACAUCCUAUUUUAAUGUUACGACAACUUCCCAUGUUAGCUUCAUCUUUAAUGGGAAGAUCUUACAUGGACUUUAGCCAAUUUAGAUCAGGCCAUCAUUUAAACCUUUUUGUACAAAUAAUGGGGUUGUUGGAAUUAUUACAGCCACAUUUGUUUAGUGAAGAACAUCAGACAGCUUUGGAUGACACAUUAGAGAAUUAUUUUCAGUGCUUCCAAAAUUAUGGUCCAGUGAAAGAUCUCAUACCACUCUUAAAUAGAUUUAUUACUUUACUACAGGCAUAUAUCUCUUAUGAUCCACAAAGGGCACUGAAAUACUUGCAAAAGCAUGCUCAUAUUCUUCAUGAAUUGCAGGUACACUAUCCGAAUCUAGUUACACUUAGAACACUUGUAUCAGGCAUUCCAGUGCCAAGAGAAGGAGAAGAUUUAGAAGAGGUUUUAAUUACCGUUCCUCCUACUCCACCUCCUUCAGAAUCCAUUAUUCCACAGCACUGGCCAUCAUUGCUAGGUACCCUAUCUAAACUGCAAGGUGAAGAUGUAUUUAGUGCUCUUCAAGAAAUUGAACACUUAUCCUCUCGAAAACCCUCGGUGUUAGAAUCUAUAACGGAUAAUAUAGCGGAAUUACUUAUAUCUCCGCAAAGUAAUAUAAGAUCUCUUGCUCACACGUUACUAGCAAGAGCACUAAAACAUCGUCCUGCAUCAAAUGCAAAUAUCUUAUCCGCAUUUCAAAGGUGUCUGGACAGUCCUAGAGCCGAUAUUUUAAUGUCGGCUCUAGAAAAAUUGCCAGAAAUUGUAUUAUAUAUGCAGGAACAUGCUUUACCACUGAUGCAGAAGGUAUUUGAAUUAGGAGUAAAUUCAAAUGUGAAUACUAUACCAUAUAUAAAUAAAACCAUUGCUUUGUUAAAUACACAGCAAGGUUGUUAA